UUCCCUCCCCCUGGGCCUCGGAGCCCGCCCGCUCGCCCAGUGCGCGGCGCCCGCGGCCCCGCUCCGCGUCCUCUUCCCGCCGCCACCGGCCGCUCCUUCCCCGCCCGUCCAUGUCCCUGCCCGUGGUGCUCCCGGGCUCCUGCUGCCCUGUGGCUGGGCUCUCGGGCGGACCGCAGGCCGGGGGCCCGGGCGCCGCGGCCGCCGCCGCCCAGGAGCCGCCGCUGCCCCCGCUACGGCCGCGCUGGUCCCGGGCCGCGCUGCAGCCCCCGGCGCGGCCUCGCUGCGCGGCCACCGCCGCCGCCGCCGGGGUGCUGGCCCCGCCGCCCGCGCUCUCCUACCGCCGGGCCGCCGCCGCCGCCGCCGCGGCCCCGGGCUCGGCGCUGCUGCCCGCACGCCCGCUGUUGUCGCUCGGUCUGCUGCAGCUGAUCCUGGGCUGCUGCAUGGUGGCACUCAGCUUCGGGGCGCUGUCGCUGAGCAGCUCCCCGCAGGUGAAGAACUCGUGCCCGUUCUGGGCCGGCUCCUCGGUGAUACUCUCUGGAAUCAUAGGAUUAACAACUUGGAAACGGCCUAUGAUACUCCUGGUGAACCUCUUUGUGCUGCUGUCUGUGGUGUGUGUCCUCCUGAAUUUAGCCGGAUUUAUCCUAGGCUGCCAAGGGGCCCAGUUCGUGUCCAGUGUGCCCAGGUGUGAUCUGGUGGACUUAGGUGAAGGCAAGAUUUGCUUCUGUUGUGAAGAAUUUCAACCAGCCAAAUGCACAGACAAGGAAAAUGCCUUGAAACUCUUCCCAGUUCAGCCUUGUAGUGCUGUUCACCUUCUACUCAAGAAAGUCCUUUUCGCCCUAUGUGCCUUGAAUGCCCUGACCACCACCGUCUGCUUGGUGGCAGCUGCCCUUCGCUACCUUCAGAUCUUUGCAGCCAGAAGAUCCUGCAUCGAUGAAUCCCAGAUUUCUGCGGAAGAAGUGGAGGAACACAGACGCAUCCCAGACCCUGACGACUUUGUGCCGCCAGUGCCUCCCCCUUCCUAUUUCGCCACGUUUUACUCAUGCACACCCCGGACGAACCGCAGGAUGGUUGGUCCUGAUGUUAUACCACUGCCGCAUAUCUAUGGAGCGCGAAUCAAAGGCGUGGAAGUGUUCUGUCCUCUGGAACCCCCGCCUCCCUAUGAAGCUGUGGUGAGCCAGACGGACCAGCAGCAGGGAUCUUCAUUCCAAAUGCCAGAAGGAUCAGAAGCUGCCACCAGCCCUUUGGAACCGAUCUGCAUGCCAGUGACUCAACGUGGGGACAUUCCUAACACACCUGGAGAAGAAAGCGCAUCCAUGUCAACUCCCUGCUCCAGCCAGCUACGUCCGGCGAGGAGCUGGAGAGCCCUCCAGCCCCUGAGGACAAGAUCCAAGAGUGACCCUGUGCUUCAUCAUUCUGCAGAGAGAGCUGUCCCCGUGCUCAGCUGUGAAGCCGCGACUCAGACUGAGGGAAGACCAGACCUGGCUGCGGUGACCUUGAGAAGAGGGUUGAAAUCCCGAGCUUCGAGAUGCAGACCGAGGUCUUUAAUAGAUUACAGAUCUUACAUGGACACCAAGCUGCUGGUGGCAAGGUUCCUGGAGCAGUCCUCCUGCAGCAUGACCCCGGACAUCCAUGAACUUGUAGAAAACAUUAAAUCUGUUUUGAAGUCCGAUGAGGAGCACAUGGAGGAAGCCAUCACAAGUGCCAGUUUUCUAGAACAGAUCAUGGCCCCGAUGCAACCCAGCACUUCCAGGGCCCUCGUGCUGCCCUUGAGGAGACAGCCUGGCCUGCUGCACCUGCAGAGCUGCGGAGAUCUGAGCACCUUUGUCCCCGUGGGGAGGCCGAGAGCCGAGAGGAGGCCCCGGCGAGCGGAGGCUGAGAGGCCACACAGCCUCAUUGGCGUCAUCCGAGAGACUGUCCUGUGAAGCUGCGGGGCCCGGGCUCCUGAGGAGCAGGAAGAAAGAUGGGCCCUGGAAGGCACUCAGGGCCUCUGAGGGGAUGGAUCCCCUUCCUAACCCUGUAGUUUCCUGGCUGGGAGUAGGGGUCCCCCUCUGGGUACUCCUCAGAAAGGGGGGCACUCUGGAGAACAUUUAUUCCCACUCUUUGGCUCCCCUUUCUGCCGGCCAAGGGCACUCGAGGGGGAAUGACAAGUUAUUCCGGACCCAUUUGGCUUUUGGAUGCGCCGAGUUGGAGGCCGUGAAUGAAGCCGCAUCUCCUUCUCUGCCCGGGUCUGCCCUGCUGUGGGCGGAAGCGGCUCAGAAUUCUGUGCCCGCUGCGCCCCUCGCGGCUCCCUUCCUCACUGAGUUCUUUCCCUGGCUGGAAGGGCAGAUCUGCUGGGUGGCUAUUUAUUUGCUGCCAAGUGAGAGUGGAACUGGCACGGAAGCAGGAUGAUUAACCCUGAUAUACUGCGAUGGUCAAGCCUCAUGUUAGGUCACUUUCAAAUCACACUCUCUUUAGGAAAAACAGGAAACUUGUUUGGUGACAAAUUUUAUUGAAAGACAUUUAGGGAGAGAAUUCUUGUUGAUGCCAUUUAUUCAUGCUUGCAAAACUAGAGACAGCU